AUGUUCUUUCCUCCCCUUCUCUCUAUUUCAUUCCCCCCCACUCUAUAUCACUUUCUAUUUUCCCUCUUUUUUUUCAUCCCCCCUCUUCCUCUCUAUUACACUUCCAACUCUUCACUCUAUUUCACUUACUCUCUUUCUCUCUAUUCUCUUCCCACUUUCUCUCAAUUCCAUUUCACCUCUUCCUCUUUCAUCAACCCCUUCCUCUAUACUUCAUUUAACCGCUCCCUCUUUUUUCAUUUCUCCUCCUUCUCUAUAUAUCAUUUACCCUCUUUCUCUCUAUUUUAUUUACAAUGUUCCUCGCUACUUCUUUUCCACAUUUUCUCUCUAUUUUUCCUCUUUCUCUUUACUUCAUUUAACCUCUCCCUCUCUUUUUCGUUUCUCCUCCUUCUCUAUAUUACACUUCCCCUCUUUCUCGAUACAUCAUUCACUCCCCUCCUUUCUAUUCCAUUCCCCUCUUUCUCUCAAAUCCAUCUCCUUUUCUCUCUACUUCAUUUAACCUCUCCCUCUCUUUUUCAUUUCUCCUCCUUCUCUAUAUUACACUUCCCCUCUUUCUCGGUACUCCAUUUACUCUCCUCCUCUUUAUUCCAUCCGCUUUGCUCUCUGUCUCGUUUCUCGUUUUUCUCUAUAAUUCACUUCCCCCUCUUUUUGUGCUAUUCUCUUUCUUUCUCCUAUCAUGCAAUCACCCAACUUUCCCCCUCCUCACCUUUCAGUUUUGCUUACUUUUCCAUUAUGAAUUAUUGGGGCUCACUAGUUUCCCGCCACUCAGUAUACCGGGCGUGA